CUGAUGACACAGGCAACUCUCCGCUGAUAAAGAGAACCGAACCGCGGCGGCAGCAAGUGUUGGACGGAGGACGGAGCCGGUCCAUGCGCCUCUGAGAGUCCCAACACGGCUGGAAGAAUCUGUCCAACUCCUGAAGAAUGGAGUGGUAUGUCCUGGUGCUGAUGCUGAGCCUGCCGCCCUCUAUCCACACAGAUUGUUCUUCCCAGUGCCAGAAAUGCGCGCAGCUGCUUCGCCCCGACGCCGCCUUCAGCAGCCUGUCCUGCAGCGCGGAGUGUGAAGCGGAGCUGCAGAACUGCGGUCCGGUUCCGCGCCUGGCGGACUUCACCGAGGACGAGGCGGCGGAGGCGGAGGAGAGCCAGCAGGCUGACCUGGUCAAGCGCUACGGCGGCUUCAUCAAACGGAUCGACAAGAACAAGAACAAACUCUUCUCCUCCUCCUACUCCUCCCCGUGGCGCGAGAACUCGGUCCUGAAGGCCGCCGCGCUCCCCAGAAAGUACGAGGAGUUGUUGAAGCGGCUGGAGGCGAGAGAGGCGCAGCAGGACGCACCGGAGGACGCAGAGGACCGCGUCCUGCACUCUUACGUUAAACGGUACGGCGGCUUUUUACGCAAAUUCGGCCCCAAGUCAAAGAGGAGUAGCUCCGCGGAGCAGGAGAGCCAGGAGCCCGAGGAGCUGCAGAAGCGCUACGGGGGCUUCAUGCGGAGGGUCCGGCCCAAACUGAACAACCUGAAGUGGGACAAGCGGUACGGAGGCUACCUGCGCCGCCACUUCAAGAUCUCCGUCCGCUCCGCGGAGGAGCCGUUUUACUCCUCCGAUGAGUCGAGCUUAUAAAGACCCGCUGGGGAGGAGGAACUGGGUUCCUGCGUCUGGCUGCUUGCCUGUAAAACUCAUCUGUGUGAUCUGCUCCAUCGUCUGUCCACACCUGUAAACGCUAAAUAAAACCACGUGUUCAAACCCGCACCCGUUUGUCCCACAGCUUCAGUCACGACCGGAAGCGGCUGGGUCCUCCUGGAUGUUUGGAGACUUUACGCACGAAGUCCUGCGGGUUCACCUCAAAAGUAAACAGGAAACGCUUCAGUCAUUAAACGCCGUUUUUAUUUCGUGUUGUUUGAUGUUUUUUAUUUUAUUUUGUAUUAAAUGAGAUGAAUAUCAAAGAAAAAAAAUCACCACAAAUGUUUCAAAUGAACUUUGUCUCAAAUUUUUAACAUUUAUGCUGAAAAACGAUCAGCGGUAAAUAAAUGUGAAUUUUUAUCAGUCCAGCAGAAAAUCUGAGAAACAAACUUUUAUUUAUGCUUUCAGAUCACAAAUCACCUGAUUAACACAAUAAAACGUCUUUUUGCUACUAAAAAGAUGAUCUAACAAUAAUCACUUCAAAGUAAAGUUAUAACGAAUCUUUCAGAGAAUAAAACGGUUUUUUAUUUAAAGACAAGUGGAUUAUAGCGCCGCCUGGUGGAGAAAAAAAGCAGCACGAGAGAGCCCGGUUCUGGUUCUGAUGGAGAUAAAAGAACAAAACGUGUUCAUUUAUCAUCUUCACCUGUUCUACAGGAACGCUUCACUGAAUCAUUUCCUCUGUUUCCUCGUCUAAAGGCAUCCCGACGACUCAUUUAUUAAUAAUAACAGCUGACAAAAGGAUGAAAACAUAAAUAAAAGAAUUAAAACAUGAAAA